GUGAUGCUGUUGUUCCACGUAAAGGAAAAAUGGCUGGUCUAAAAAUAUUCCACCGAUUUCAUUUUUCCAAUUCCUUGAAAAGAAUGUCUGUUAUUGCUGGAUUCAAUCCACCUGGAUCAUCUGAUACUUCGUAUAUAGCUGCAGUUAAAGGAGCUCCUGAAAUCUUAAAACCAAUGUUUUCUGAAGUUCCUUCAAACUAUGAUGACACAUAUACUGAGAUGUCUAGACGAGGUGCUCGUAUAUUAGCUUUAGGUCGAAGAGAUUUGGGUAUUUUAUCUCAUCAAGAGGUUCGUGCACUAACUAGAGAUGAUAUUGAAAAGAAACUAACAUUUGUGGGCUUUGUUAUAAUCUCUUGUCCUCUGAAAUCUGACUCAAAAGCUGUUAUUAAGGAAAUUCAGGCAGCUAGUCAUCAUGUCAUGAUGAUUACUGGUGAUGCCCCACUUACAGCUUGUCAUGUUGCAAGAGAACUUAAUUUUACAAGUCAUAGUAAAACUUUAAUUUUUACACCUCCUUCUAAGCAAGGUGGGAAUUGGAAUUGGAUAGCAAUUGAUGAAAGUGUAACUUUGCCAGAUGUGCCACAGAAAGGUGCAUUCCAGCUGUAUACUAAAUAUGAUCUUUGUCUUACUGGUGAGGGUAUGACUUAUCUAGCAUCUAAAAAUCAUGAGUUUUUGAGAUCGAUAUUGCCACACGUUCGUAUUUUUGCCAGAGUUGCUCCUAAACAGAAGGAAAAUGUCAUAACAGAAUUGAAAAGUCUGGGUUGGAUAACUUUAAUGUGUGGAGAUGGGACAAAUGAUGUUGGUGCUUUGAAACAUGCUCAUAUAGGUGUGGCUAUAUUAUCUGGGGUUCCAGAAAGACCCCCUUUGAAACCAAAGCGACUGAAAGAGGAAGAUUUGUCUGAUAAAGAUGUGGCAAAUAAUGCUGUUAUAUCCAAACUUGAGGCUAUGGCUUCGAAAGGAAAGGUUUCAAGAAGAUCAGAAGGGAAAAAUAAAGUAUCUAAGGCUGAUAGUUUUGCUGAAACUCAGAAAAAAUUGCAGAAACUUUUAAAAGAAAUGGAAGAGCACGAUCCAGCUCAGAUAGUUAAACUAGGAGAUGCUAGCAUAGCUGCUCCUUUUACAUCUAAACUAUCGUCUAUACAAUGCAUUUGCCAUAUUAUUAAGCAAGGUCGUUGCACCCUUGUUACUACUCUGCAGAUGUUCAAAAUCCUAGCUCUAAAUGCCUUGAUUUUAGCAUAUUGUCAGAGUGUUUUGUAUUUAGAUGGAAUUAAAUUUAGUGACACUCAAGCAACACUACAAGGAUUAUUGCUGGCUGGAUGCUUCUUAUUUAUAUCAAGGUCUAAGCCUUUGAAAACGCUGUCCAAGGAACGACCUCUUCCAAAUAUUUUUAAUGUGUACACAAUUCUAACAGUUCUUCUACAAUUUAUUGUGCAUUUUAGCUGUUUAGUUUUUCUUGUGCAAGAAGCAACUUCUAGGUCACCACCAAGAACUGAAAAAUUUGCUGAUUUGGAUGCAGAGUUCAAGCCAUCUUUACUCAAUAGCACUGUGUAUAUAAUAUCGAUGGCAUUGCAACUGUCUACAUUUGCUAUAAAUUACAGGGGUCAUCCAUUUAUGGAAAGCUUGUCAGAAAAUAAACCAUUAUUGUAUAGUAUAGUAAUAUCAAGCACUGCAAUUCUUAUGCUAGUGACUGGUUUGUCACCUGAUUUAGCCAAUGUUUUUUCCAUUGUUGACUUUCCGUAUGAGUUUCAAAAUGUUGUAUUACUGACGCUGUUUUCGGAUUUCUUCUUCUCUUUCCUGGUGGAUCGCACAUGUUUAUUUUUAUGUGGUAGGGGGAAACUUCGAACUCUUUGACCAUAAUUUUCUGUUAGCAUCUCUUGUUGAAUUUCAUGUGAGUUGUGAAAGAACUGAAUGAUAGAUAUUAAUCCAGACCUUGUUAUAGAGGAUGGAUUUAAAUUGUUUUGUGACAUGAAAAUGCAUUUAGGUUUUGUCUUCAGAUAGUCUUGGAAACUUACACUGAAGAAAUUUUAUUUAUUUUCAUCGGGAUUGCUGUUACUCAAAAAGCAUUCCAUGUGUUUCAAGUUUUGUUUUUAAUCAUGAAAGAAAAAAAAAAAAAAAAAACUAAUUAUAGUUCAUUAUUUAAGGAAAAAAGUGGCCUCAUUUGAAAACUCUAGAGAAGGAUUUUUAUCUAUUUAAAGAUCUUAAAUUCAAUAUUUUGUCACAAGAAUAUACUAGUAACUAUUUAUAUAUGUGUGUAUAUAUAUAUAUUGCUGUAUGUGCAUGCAUGUAGAAAAAAUAUAUAUAUAUCUGUAUAUGCAUGUAAACACACACAUGUUGCAAUGAUAAUAAAUUUAGGAAAAGAAAGUAUGAAAGAAUGUAGUAAUCUAUCAAAAUCUUUUAAGUAAUAUAUCAAAAUAAUUCUAAGAUUAAUAUGUAUGUUUUUACAAAUAUAUAAAGCUUUAAAUAUGUGUGUACAAAUUUCAUACGCAUAUUGAGCUAGAUUUUUCUGAUAAAUUCCAUAAAUUUCGAAUUUGAUAAACAUUUCAUCUCUACCUUUAAAAAUCUGUUAGAUUUUGACCACAGAAUAAAUAGUAUUAUUUGAAAUAAACAGAAGCGAAAUUUCCUUUUGUAGCCAUAUAGUUAAGCAGUUUUCCUUAUACAGCUCUCUCUUGUAGGAUUCUGUGAUUUAAAAAUUAAUCAGUCUUAUUAAUUUAUUUCUAAGAAAUACAGAUAAAUCAUUAUAAUGUAAUUUUGUACUUAAUAUAAUUAAAAGAAUUAUUGUGUUUAAAAUAACGUGGACUUCUACUGUUGUCUUUUAUAACGUUUGUUUUGAGGUUUAUUUUCUCAAUUUAUAUAAAAAUGCUCAAGCCAUUAUAUAAAUACAGUACAAAGUCCGUAAUCCGGACUCGUCGGGACUUCGGCGAUUCUGGAUUAGGGGUUUUUCCAGAUUAUAGAUUAUCAA